UCCAUCAGAAACGGCUAGCAAAAGUGAGAGCUGGUGCAAAGGAGGAACAAGGAGUGCAUCAUCUGAACCUGGGCUGGCUGACAUACCUGCAGUGUCAGAGAGACUAUCUAACCCAAAUAAUAUGAUUUUGACUUAGCAUCAGUAAAUGAUGAUAUAGGAAAGAAGGAACAAUGUCAGAAGAGGCUGCUAAUGAGACACGUUUUCCUUUGAAGACAGCAGCUUUAAGAGUAUUUGAUCUUCCACUCUCCUGGUAUAAUUCACUAAUACAGGUUAAAAUCUCACCAGGGCUAAAGAAACUGUUUGUCAUAACAGCAGUGAGUGCAGUAACUGUGCUUUUUCUUGCCCAUCAUUUCAAAAGAAAACGUGGGAAGAAAACCAGGAAAAUAUCUCCAUGGGAAUCAGGCCAUCUGAUGUUCGAUUAUGCAAAAACAUUUGGGUCAGAGAAAAAUUCCAGUUGUUCCAGCAGCAAACAAAACCUAACACUUUCACUGACUUCCAUCAAAGAAAAAGGUUUUCAAUCUCACAUCAACGUAAAUGGUGAUCUCUUCAAUAAAUAUUCUGGUUCAGUGCAGAGUUUGGCCUCAGUCCACAGUGCCACCUCUUGUCCUAGUUGUGUUUGUGUGAAUUCUAAUUCUUGGGAUAAAACAGAUGAAGAUAAUAUGAAGCUAGUCAAUAUUCCAGUAACUACUCCAGAAAAUUUAUACUUGAUGGGAAUGGAGUUAUUUGAAGAAGCACUGCGCCGAUGGGAACAGGCAUUGACUUUUCGUAAUAGACAAGUUGAAGAUGAAGCCAGCUAUAGUGCCAUCAAACUUGGAGCAGGUGAUGCUAUUGCAGAAGAACAUAUAGAGGAUAUCAUUAGUGCAGAGUUUAUCCAUAAGCUUGAAUUUUUGCUCCAGAGAGCUUAUCGCCUUCAGGAAGAAUUUGAAGCCUCCCUUGGAACAUCUGACCCAGCUUCCUUUGCCAAUGAUGCUAGUAAUCAAAUGGAUAAUACUGUGAAGGAUAUUACAGAUGAAUUCAGUCUGCGUGAUACAAUAAGCAUUGGAUCAACAGAUUCAUUUGUCUCAGCUGCUGAGCUUACAGAACACAAAGAGAGCCGAAACUAUUAUCACCUGGAUUCACUUUGCCAUUGCCCAUUGUAUGAAGAAGCUUUGCGCUUGGCAGAAGAGGGCAAGAUUUAUUCACGUGUCUUAAGGACUGAAAUGUUGGAAUGUUUGGGAGACAGUGACUUCCUUGCUAAGCUCCACUGUAUUCGGCAAGCUUUUCAGAUCAUUCUUUCAGACUCUACAAAUCGAAUAUUUCUUGCUGAAAGUGGCAGAAGAAUUUUAUGUGCUUUAAUUCUGAGAGCAAGAAAGAAUCCAAAGAAAUUUGAGGAAGUAUUUGAUGACAUGAUCUCUUUUUUAGAGCAAUCAGAUCAGUGGGUUCAUACUGAAAUGGAGUUGGCUGCUUAUGGGGUGAAACACUUAAAUUUUUACGAUGUUGUUUUGGACUUCAUAUUAAUGGAUUCUUUUGAAGACUUAGAGAAUCCACCUAUAUCUAUACAAAAUAUAGUUAAUAACCAUUGGCUGAACUCCUCCUUCAAAGAAACUGCUGUGGCUUCAAGUUGCUGGUCAGUCCUGAAGCAAAAAAAGCAGCAAAUGAAAGUUCCUGAUGGUUUCUUUGCACGUUUCUAUGCUAUUUGUGAACACAUUAGCCCUGUUCUGGCAUGGGGCUUUUUGGGUCCUAGAAAUUCACUGUAUGAAUUAUGCAGUUACUUCAAGGAUCAGAUUCUUUAUUUCCUGAAAGACAUUUUUGACUUUGAAAAAGUGCGAUACUCAUCAGUGGAUAAUUUAGCUGAAGACCUUCUGCAAUUGCUAAUUCGGCAUACUAAUCUUUUAUUGGUUUACUUUGGAGUAAGUGGAUGUCAGCACCCAACAGCCAGUGACCUUUCAGAGGGAAAAGUACAAUAGAUUUCUGUUUUUGUUCUUAAUGUGAGCAUAUUUUUUGCCUUUUUCUCCCACAAGGAAAGUUAACAUUGUUUCUUUCUGAGCAAUUAUCCCAAAAUAUACGAUGUUGUUAAAUAUGGCCUCAGGGAGGUUUAAAAAUAUACAAAU